CUGGUGUCGAAUGUGACACUACGAAUGUAAGAGUGUGCUGUGCUCGACGAUGCCGAGGAUCAGGGGACACGUGUAGAGGCCCCAGGAUGGGGCACAGCCGGGUGGUGUGGCCAGCCGUGCUGCUGACCCUUUUGCUGGUCCUGCCAUGGGCAUCGGCUGGAUCGCCGGGAGCCGGAGGAAGCUACCUGGGGGACGUCAACGUUUCGGCCAUCCUGGACUCCUUCAGUGUCAGCUACGAUAAAAGAGUAAGACCAAACUAUGGAGGUCCACCUGUGGACGUAGGAGUCACCAUGUACGUCCUUAGUAUCAGCUCCGUCUCGGAAGUACUCAUGGACUUCACCCUGGACUUCUACUUCCGGCAGUUCUGGACCGACCCACGGCUGGCCUUCCGCAAGCGGCCCGGCGUCGAGACGCUGUCCGUCGGAUCGGAGUUCAUCAAGAACAUCUGGGUGCCCGACACGUUCUUCGUCAACGAGAAGCAGUCCUCGUUUCACAUCGCCACCACCCUCAACGAGUUCAUUCGGAUACACCAUUCGGGGUCUAUCACGCGCAGUAUUCGACUCACAAUCACAGCAUCAUGUCCCAUGAAUCUCCAGUAUUUCCCAAUGGAUCGACAGCUCUGCCACAUAGAAAUAGAAAGUUUCGGUUAUACCAUGCGGGACAUCCGGUAUAAGUGGAACGAGGGCCCCAACUCGGUAGGGGUCUCCAAUGAGGUGUCGCUGCCCCAGUUUAAGGUGCUGGGCCACAGGCAGAGGGCCAUGGAGAUCAGCCUCACCACAGGAAACUACUCUAGACUGGCUUGUGAAAUCCAGUUCGUUAGAUCGAUGGGUUACUAUCUUAUCCAAAUCUAUAUCCCGUCCGGCCUUAUUGUCAUCAUUUCCUGGGUGAGCUUCUGGCUGAACCGAAACGCAACCCCCGCCCGAGUAGCGCUAGGAGUGACCACCGUGUUGACCAUGACCACUCUCAUGUCCUCCACGAAUGCAGCGCUGCCGAAGAUCUCCUACGUCAAGUCCAUCGAUGUCUAUCUAGGAACGUGUUUCGUGAUGGUCUUCGCCAGUCUACUAGAGUACGCAACAGUGGGCUACAUGGCAAAACGGAUCCAAAUGCGAAAACAGAGGUUCUUGGCCAUUCAAAAGAUGGCAGAGCAGAAGAAAUUGAAUGUAGAUGGUGGUCCAGAUGACCAUGCUCCCAAACAAACAAUACGGCCUGUUCUAGAAUACUGUUCCCACAUAUGGGGUUCAGCACCGAAACAUACGCUGAUGCUCUUAGAUUCCAUCCAGAGAAGAGCCAUCCGUCUGGUGGGUGACGCCACACUCACUCGCUCUUUGACAUCAUUGAAACACCGUAGAAAGGUCGGCGACCUUUCACUUUUCUAUCGAUACUUCCACGGGAAAUGUUCUUCGGAAAUCUCUGCUAUCAUCCCUUCACUAGCAAUACCAGUCAGACGAACUAGACAAGCCCAGUCAGCACAUCCCUUCGUUGUCAACCUCGAAAGAUGCCAAACAGCACUUUAUCAAAACUCCUUCAUCCAUAGAACGGCUGGGCUCUGGAAUUCAUUGCCUGGGAAAGAGGUGCGCUUCAAGGUUCACGACCCCAAGGCGCACAGCAAGGGUGGUACCCUCGAGAGUACCGUGAACGGGGGCCGCGGAAGCACCGCCGACAGGGGCAUACCGCCCGACGAAGAGGCGGGAAUGCCCAUCCCCCACCACAUCAUCCACCCCAACAAGGACAUCAACAAGCUGUUGGGCGUCACGCCCUCUGAUAUCGACAAGUACUCCAGGAUAGUGUUUCCCGUGUGCUUUGUGUGCUUUAACCUCAUGUACUGGAUAAUCUACUUGCACAUCAGCGAUGUGGUGGCUGAUGAUCUGGUACUGCUAGAGGAGGUGCGCUUCAAGGUUCACGACUCGAAGGCACACAGCAAGGGUGGCACCCUCGAGAGCACGGUGAACGGCGGCCGCGGGGGUGACGGCGACAGGGGUGGCCCCCCCGACGAAGAAGCAGGAGCGUCCAUCCCCCACCACAUCAUCCACCCGAACAAGGACCUCAACAAGCUGUUCGGGAUCACCUCCUCGGAUAUCGACAAGUACUCCAGGAUAAUGUUCCCUGUGUGCUUCGUGUGCUUCAACCUCAUGUACUGGAUAAUCUACCUACACAUCAGCGAUGUGGUAGCCGAUGAUCUGGUACUGCUAGAGGUGGACAAGUAA